UUGGUGGGAUUAGUGUGUCUGACUGAAAUUGCUGAAGUGGUGUACGAGGGAAUUCACAAUGGACAGGAGAACAUUGCGAAAUACCAGUAUAUCUCACCAAGCAUUCUGUUUCUGACAACAGUUGUUGCGUUCUGCUUACUGCAGCGAGAUAGGAAUCAAGGCAUUCGGUCAUCAGGCUCUCUGUUUAUGUUUUGGUUACUUAUGACCUUUUACAGCACUUUUGCAUUGAGAACAUCCAUUCUCAUUGAACUUUAUAGAAAGGACCUCUCGCAUACUCAGAGCUUAUUUCAGCUCGUGAUGGCAGCAGUCAGCUUGCUUCUCUUUACGACACUAUUAAUACUAAGUGCUAUUCCUGACAGAAAAUCCAUGUAUACGCCUGUGGAUGCAGAUCAUGAUCCUAGUCCUGAGGCAACUGCUCCCUUUUUGUCACAGAUCAGUUUUUGGUGGAUGAAUAGUCUGAUUGUGGGAGGCUACAAGAAGCCACUAGUGACUGAUGAUUUGUUUGGACUACUACCUGAACUGAAAACCAGUGUUGUUAUACCAAAGUUCUUUUGUCAGUGGAAUAAGGAAGUAACAAGAGCCAGAGAAAAAAACAGGAUGGAAGCUCACAGGUUGGAAGAAACAAUUGAAAACACAUCAGCGAUUGUCAAUAUUAAUGAAUCAACGUCAACAUCAGACAAUGACAAUGAAAUCUCUUCACAAACUGUUGGCAGACAGCAGUACAAGAAACAUGUACCAUCUCUUUUUGCUGCUCUUGCUAGAUCUUUUGGAUUGGCUGUCUUUGUUGCUGGCGUUUUCAAGUUGUUUCAAGACUUGCUCAUAUUUGUUAGCCCUCAGCUUCUGAAACUAAUGAUUGGCUUUACAGAGGAUCCAACGAUUCCUGAUCGUCAAGGCUACAUCUACGCUGCACUUCUGUUUUUAGCUUCAGAGCUGCAGUCUAUUCUACUUCAUCAGUACUUUCAUCGCUGUAACAAGACUGGUCUCAAUCUUCGAACGUCUUUGAUUGGUGCUAUUUAUAGAAAAGCUCUUUGUUUGAGUGGUGCAGCGAGAAAGUCAUCCACUGUCGGAGAGAUUGUCAAUCUAAUGUCAGUUGAUGCUCAGCGAUUUAUGGAUGUGAUGUUGUAUCUGCAUAUGGUAUGGUCAGCUCCACUGCAAAUCAUUUUAGCAUCAUUUUUCUUGUGGCAAACAAUGGGACCUUCUGUGCUGGCUGGUGUUGGAGUGAUGAUCCUUCUUUUCCCAUUCAAUGCUGUAGUAGCAACAAUGCUAAGCAAAAUGCAGGAGAAACAGAUGGCAUUAAAAGAUGAAAGAAUUAAAGUGAUAAAUGAAGUCCUUUCUGGGAUUAAGGUGAUAAAACUGUAUGCUUGGGAACGCUCCUUUUUGUCCUCUAUUACUGAACUACGAAGAUGUGAACUGAUUCAGUUGAGGAGAAUUGCUUACCUGAAUGCAGCACUUACCUUCGCAUUCUCAUCUGCACCAUUUUUGGUGUCUGUAACAACAUUUGCCACAUAUGCUACUACUGGCCAUAGUCUUACUCCAGCCAAAGCUUUUGUUGGCAUCUCAUUGUUCAACGUUUUGAGUUUUCCACUGUCAAUGCUGCCUAUGCUUGUCUCAUUCUUGGUAGAAGUUAGUGUCUCGAUGAGAAGAAUAUCAUCUUUUUUGCAAAGUGAUGAACUUGAUUCUGAUGCUGUAACAAGAAUCAGGUGCAACCAUUUGGGCACUGAUGAGUUGGAAACUCCUGUGAUGAUAAGAGAUGGCAACUUUGCCUGGGACAGCAGUGAUAGGAUGACACUACAAAGGAUAGACCUUACCAUUCAGAGACAUUCUCUAGUAGCUGUAGUUGGUCAAGUUGGAGCUGGCAAGUCUAGUCUGCUUUCUGCUUUAUUGGGAGAAAUGCAUAAAGUUAGUGGCCAAGUCACCAUUCAAGGUAUCAACCUUAGUGGUGGUCAGAAGCAACGUGUCAGCAUAGCUCGUGCUGUCUAUAAUGAUGCUGAUAUCUACCUGUUGGAUGAUCCUCUCAGUGCAGUUGAUGCCCAUGUUGGUGAACAUCUCUUCAACAAAGUUAUUGGACCUGAUGGACUCUUAAGAAAUAGAGUACGAAUAGUAGUGACUCACAGUCUGGCGUAUCUUCCUCAGUGUCAUCAAAUUGUUGUAAUGACAGAUGGAUGCAUUUCUGAGAUGGGUACCUAUUCAGAGCUGAUGGAACGACAAGGAGCUUUUUCAGAAUUUUUGAAAAUCCAUGGGAACGAAGAACUUGAUCAAAGCCAACAAGAUGAUGCUAAUGAUAAAUCAAAGGAAAAACUGGUGGAGAGACAGGACAGUGUCACUUCUGUUUACCGCCGCCAGCUUUCCAGUAUCUCUGAUGACAAGCAAGAACAAAAAGCAGGGACUACACUGAUAGAUGAAGAAGUGGCUGAAACUGGAAGAGUGAAGCUUGGUAUUCUCUUGGAUUAUGCCAAAGCAGCUGGAAUAAUCAUUGCAAUUCUCCUGUUGUUGAGCUUUGCUGGGGUUGAUGCAUUUGCUAUUGCUUCCAAUAUUUGGUUAUCAAAAUGGAGCGAUGCAAACAAAGAUAAAAAUACAAAUCAUCCAGUUUCCUACUACCUUGGAAUUUACACGGCAUUAGGCAUUUUACAAAGUGCUUGUACUAUGACUGGCUCAGUGUUUCUUGCUAUUGGUGCUGUGCGAGCAUCAAGGCUUUUGCAUAAGCACAUGCUGAAAACUGUACUUCGUGCCCCAAUGUCUUUCUUCGACAUGACACCUCUCGGACGUAUUGUAAAUCGUUUUUCGAAAGAUAUGUACAUGAUCGAUGAAAUGAUACCCGAAUCAAUAUUUUGGUGCCUCUUUUGCUUUUUCAUCAUUCUGAGCAUUAUUGUUGUCAUCAGUUAUACAACACCAAUUUUUCUACCUGUGGUUGUUCCCAUCGGUAUAGUUUAUUUCUUCACACAGAGGUACUAUGUGGCAACAUCUCGUCAAGUCAUGAGACUGGAAUCUGUCAGUCGAUCUCCGAUAUUCUCUCACUUUCAAGAAACACUAGCUGGCACCAGUACUGUGCGAGCUUACUGUCAGCAAGAUUUAUUCAUAGAAGAGAAUGAUAAGAGAGUGGACUUCAAUCAGUUGGCCUACUAUCCCUACUUGGCAGGCAACAGGUGGCUUGCAAUUCGUCUGGAAUUUAGUGGAAACUUUGUUGUUUUAUUUGCUGCUCUGUUUGCCGUGAUUGAGCGUAACCACCUCUCAGGUGGUCUUGUUGGUUUAUCUCUAUCAUAUGCACUUCAGUGCACAGAAAAUCUAACAUGGUUUGUAAGAAUGACAAGUGAGCUUGAGAGUAGGGUUGUGUCUGUGGAAAGGAUAAAUGAAUAUGGCAAUAUGGCAACAGAAGCUCCAGCUGUAAUCAAUUCAAGCAGACCUCCUUCAGGCUGGCCUCGUCAUGGCCAAGUUUGUUUCAACAGGUAUAGCGUUCGAUAUCGACCUGAACUGGAUCUAGUCUUGAGGAACGUGGACUGCACUAUAGCUGCAGGCGAGAAGGUUGGUAUUGUGGGUAGGACAGGAGCUGGAAAAUCAUCAUUGACACUUGGCCUUUUUCGAAUCUUGGAAGCUGCUGAAGGCAGCAUUACCAUCGACAAUGUGGAUUUAGCCAGCAUAGGACUUGAAGACCUAAGGUCUCACGUGACCAUUAUACCUCAGGACCCUGUAUUGUUCUCUGGUACUGUGAGAGUAAACCUUGAUCCCUUUAACCAAUACGUAGACUCGGAGGUAUGGCAUGCUCUUGAGCAAGCUAGCCUACGCAGCUUUGUUGAAAGUCUUGAGUCUGGCUUAAAUUCAGAAGUAGCAGAAGGUGGAGAAAACUUAAGUGUUGGUCAACGUCAGCUAAUGUGUCUGGCCCGUGCUCUCCUGCGGAAGUCCAAAGUUUUGGUAUUGGAUGAAGCAACAGCUGCAGUCGAUCUUGAGACAGACAGUGUGGUUCAGCAGACAAUACAUACCUCAUUCGCUGACUGCACUGUGCUAACUAUUGCUCAUAGAUUGAACACAAUAAUGGAGAGUGAUCGUGUGAUGGUUUUAGACAAGGGGAGCAUAGUUGAAUUUGACUCUCCCGGUUCUCUGUUGGCACAGCGUGGAAUCUUUCACUCAAUGGCUGUGGCUGUUGGUUUGGCAAAUUAAGUGAUAAUUCAAAGCAUGUGGAUUUGUGUGCGGACAGGCAAACUGAAAUUAGUAAUUGCCAUCAAAGGACGUACUGUGCUCUGAAGAGCCUCGAGAUACAUAACUAGCUUUAGAAUAAACUGCAAUGCUAUACCUAAAUGCAAUAAGGUUUACUUCUUGUCACACCACAAUGAAAAGAGACAUGGAUGACGGUUUUCAUAUACCAUGGCAGAUCAGCCAUUUGAUUGAAACUAUUGGUUCCAGGUAUUGGCUACGCGAGACUAGUGUUGAACAUAGACUACGUAUAUAUGGGCAUUGCUUCACAUUGUUGCAAAGCAUCAAUCUUGGUGGUCAAGGAAACAUGUUUCUACGUGCCAC